AAGUUGCCCCAACAGAAGCAGCGAGGCGCACGGAUCCAAAAGUUUCCACACUGGAAUGGGAAAGUUAGAAAGGAACGAUUUCCUUUUAUUUCUCACAUAUAUGAUACACAGAGGAAUAAGGAAUUGGAUAUAAAAGUAAAGCCGGUGGAUAAAAAUAAGCAUUUUAGGGAUUUUUGUGGUCACUUUCACUGAAGGAGUGAUUUGGCACUUUGGAUCGGCUGCGCUGCAUCUGAAGAUAAAACCUUUGAGGUGCGAUCUCCUGUGUGGCGGAAGAAAAUGCUUUCCUCUACGCAGCCUCGCAGUUUUGCAAGGUUUGCCGUGUUUUUCCUGCUAUUUGUGGGACUGGAGCGUGGAUCGGGGGCUCGCUCUGGGACGUGCCCCCCUCCCUGCGUGUGCUCUGGGGAACUUGUGGACUGCGGUCGAGUGAAAAGGGGCCGAAUUCCAGACACGAUCCCGGAGUGGACACUUCAACUGGACUUGAGCCAUAACAGAUUGCAAGUGCUCGACAGGAAUUUGUUUUCCAACCUGCCCAAUUUAAAUGAACUAAAACUGAAUCACAACAAACUGGAAGCAAUACCAGAUCUGGGUCCCUGUGCUUCAAACAUCACAACCCUCAUUCUAGCAAACAACAGGAUCACCAGGAUCUCAGAGGAGCAGCUCCAACCCUUCACCUCCCUCGAAACGCUCGACCUCAGUAACAACAAAAUAGCAGAAAUAAAGACCAGAUCCUUCCCGGCUUUGCCUCUCAAGAACUUGUUUCUCUGCAACAAUCGUAUCUCGCCACUGGAGCUCGGCUGGUCCACCAACUUGGCCAACACUCUGCAAGUUCUUGAGCUCAGCCACAACCGGAUCUCCAGUAUCCCAGCCAGGUUCUUCCAGCUGCCCAACCUACAGCAUCUGGAUUUGAGCAGAAACCAGAUUCGCCGAGUGGAGGGCUUGACUUUCCAAGAUCUUCCCACUCUCCGCUCAUUAAAACUGCAGAGCAACCGCCUCUCCCACCUGAUGGACGGAGCCUUCUUUGGCCUCAGCAACAUGGAAGUCCUGCAGCUGAGCUUUAAUAACUUGACGGAGGUGAGCAAGGGUUGGCUGUAUGGUCUGGGGGCUUUGCAGCAGCUCUACCUUGAACACAACGCCAUCAGUAGGAUCCAGCUUGACACCUGGAAGUGUUGCCAAAAACUCAGCAAGCUUGUCUUGUCCGCGAAUCAUCUGUCCAGGCUGGAGGAGUCCAGCUUUGAUGGUCUCAGCCUGCUGCAUGAGCUCCAUGUCGGAAACAACCGUGUGAGCUUCAUUGCAGGUGGAGCUUUUCGUGGCCUCUCAAACCUGCAGAUGCUGGAUCUCCAGAAUAAUGAAAUCUCCUGGACCAUUGAAGACAUGAAUGGGCCUUUUUCUGCACUCGAAAAGAUGAAAACACUAUUCCUGCAGGGGAACCAGAUUCGCUCGGUGACCAAAAAAUCCUUCUCAGGCCUGGAUGAGCUGCAGCACCUAGAUCUGAGUAAUAACGGCGUCAUGUCCAUCCAAGCAAACGCCUUCUCUCAGAUGAAGAACCUUCAGGAGCUGCGCCUGAAUACCUCCAGCCUCCUGUGCGACUGCCAGCUGAAGUGGCUUCCCAUCUGGGUGGCAGAGCAAACCUUCCUGCCCUGCGUCAAUGCCAGCUGUGCCCACCCACUGAUGCUGAAGGGCAGAAGUGUGUUCUCUGUACGCCAGGAGGAGUUUGUGUGUGAUGACUUCCCAAAGCCCAAGAUAACGGUGCAGCCAGAGACCCAGUCAGCCCUCAAAGGAACCAAUGUGACAUUUGUCUGUUCUGCUGCAAGCUCCAGUGACUCCCCCAUGACCUUUGCCUGGAAGAAAGACAAUGAGGUCCUGAAUGAUGCCGAGAUCCACAACCAGGCCCACCUAAGAGUGCAGAGAGAUACAGGAAGUGAGACGGAAGUGACGGAGUACACCACCACACUGCAGCUGCGGAACGUGGAGUUCUCCAACGAGGGGAGGUACCAGUGUGUCAUCUCUAACCACUUCGGGUCAUCAUAUUCCACCAAGGCCCGGCUCACGGUUAACAUACUUCCUUCGUUCACUAAAAUGCCAGUGGACUUGACUAUACGGGCCGGAACGAUGGCUAGGCUGGAAUGUGCAGCCAUUGGUCACCCAUCCCCUCAGAUCGCCUGGCAGAAAGAUGGAGGCACAGACUUUCCUGCCGCCCGCGAGCGUCGCAUGCACGUCAUGCCGGAGGAUGACGUCUUUUUCAUCGUGGGUGUCAAGACGGACGACAUCGGUGUUUACAGCUGCACAGCCCAGAACACCGCUGGAGCCAUUUCAGCAAAUGCAACUCUAACUGUACUUGAAACACCACAUUUCUUACGCCCCCUCAUUGAUCGCACCGUGGCCAAGGGCGAGACAGCGGUUCUCCAGUGCAUCGCCGGCGGGAGCCCUCCUCCCAGGUUGAACUGGACCAAAGACGACAGCCCCCUGGUGGUGACCGAGCGUCACUUCUUUGCUGCUGCCAACCAGCUCCUCAUUAUUGUCGAUGCUGCAGAGGCGGAUGUGGGAAAGUACACUUGUGAGAUGUCCAAUGCCCUGGGCACAGAGAGGGGCAAUGUUCGCCUGGUGGUCCUGCCAAACCCCAACUGUGACUCCGGAGUGCAGAGUGGCGUAGGGGUCGCCAUGGGGAGCGGAUCGGGAGCGGAUGAUGAUGGGUGGACCACAGUUGGAAUUGUCAUCAUAGCAGUGGUGUGCUGCGUAGUUGGAACUUCUUUGGUCUGGGUGGUCAUUAUCUACCACACCCGCCGGCGGAAUGAGGAUUGCAGUGUCACCAAUACAGAUGAGACCAAUCUGCCUGCGGAUAUCCCCAGCUACCUAUCUUCUCAAGGAACACUGGCUGACCGACAGGAUGCAUACAUCCCAUCUGAAAGCGGCAGCAGCCAUCAGUACAUAGCAUCAUCAUAUAGUGGUUUCUACCUACAGCCUAAAGACAUGAACGGUCUUUGUCAGCUGGAUACAGGAAGUGAAGCUGACAUGGAAGCGGCCAUUGAUCCUUUACUUUGCCAUUACCAAGGUCCAAUUGGCUCUCUGCUUUGUCGAGAUAACAUAUAUCCCAACGACCCAUCUGAGGUCUUUACAGCUUUUUCCAUUGAGCAAAAGCCAGUCAGCAUUGAGUCCUACAGAGACAGCCUGACUAAAUCCAAAAAGAUGGACUACUUGCUGUCUGAGCAUUUUGACCUCUGUCCUUCUCCUCUCAUGGUGCAGCAUCCAAACACCAGUUUGAAUCUUACAUCUCAGCAGAGGGACCGUCACCAAACUAUGGAUGAGGCAGAUGUUCUUGACUGUGGGAAACCUCAUAAAUGUGUCUCUCCCUGCAACACUUUCAUGGGAACAUUUGGGAAAGCUGCUUGGAUUCCACACAAUGAUCUUCAAAGUCUGCCAUCAGUUACGUAUCAUGGAAUAGGUCUUCAUGAGAAUCCUUACACUGCUCUGGAUGUUGACUCGGAUCACGAGCAGAGCAUCAUCAAGGACUCCUCGGAAGGAGGCAUCUGCAUCUAUGAGCAGCCUUUUGACUGCGGUAGGACUGAUCCCUUCUCAGCUAGGUUGAGCUCCUAGCUGAUCGACCUUCCUUUUUUUCAUGAGGAGGACAACCAAAAAGAAUGAAAGAAAUGAACUUUGCUACCUCACUGAAUGGACACUUUGGCAAUAAAGGAUGUCUGUAAUGUGCAACAAGUGAAUGUAAAGCAGUUAUUUUGCUGAAAAAGAUUCUGUUAAUAACAUAGAUGAAUAUAUAAAUGUUUAUGUAAAGUUUAUUAUAUUUUGUAAAUUGUUUAUAAACAGAUAUGGUUAUUUUUGCUUACUUUUUUGUACAAAUACUUUGCAGCCAUGGCUUUCCAUUUAUGUCCGCUUUGAAAAAAGCUGUUUUGCACAUAUGUAAACAAUAAAAAAAACACCCAAAUGUG